AGAAACUACUAAACAAAUCUUUCAUUUCCAAUGGCAAUGCUUGGCAUAGUCCAACAAAUGCUACAGACACCAGCUUGAAGCUUUUGAAAGAAAAUACAGAUUCUUGUGUUUGUUUUUUUUUGUCCACAUUGUCGACUCCAUUCCAAAUUCCUUGAACUUCCAAGGCCGCCCUUUUGUCUUCACCAUAAAAUUCUUUCAGUUUUGCAUAGAGAUAUCAGUUUGCAUAUGCGUUUUGCUUUCUUCUUGCUUGAUCAUCUUGUUGUUUUCUCCUCCUCUCUUAUCUGCCUUCAUAGAGAUUAAUCCCUUAUUUUUCGUCUUUGCCUCUUCACGAGUUUUCUUCCAGUAGGAUGAGGUUCUGGAGAUAUUUAUGUUGCAUCUCGAAAUUUGAAGAACAGCCCGAGAUCAGCGUAAGCAAGAACAAGGACUAUCCAUGGCAAAUCUACUCUCUCAAGGAGUUGCUGCACGCGACUAACAACUUCCACAAUGACAACAAGAUUGGGGAGGGCGGUUUCGGAAGCGUUUAUUGGGGUCGAACAAGUAAAGGCGUAGAGAUUGCGGUGAAAAGACUCAAGGCGAUGAGCCCGAAGGCCGAAAUGGAAUUUGCGGUGGAGGUAGAGAUUCUUGGCAGGGUGAGGCACGAGAACCUUUUAGGGUUGAGGGGAUUCUACGCCGGUGGCGAUGAGAGGUUGAUCGUCUAUGAUUACAUGCCCAAUCAUAGCUUAACUACUCAUCUCCAUGGACAACUCGCCGAGGAUUGCUUGCUCGAUUGGCCGCGAAGAAUGAGCAUCGUGCUCGGAUCAGCCGAGGGUUUAGCGUACUUGCAUCAUGAGGCCAACCCUCACAUAAUUCACCGAGACAUAAAGGCGAGUAAUGUCCUUUUGGACAACCAAUUCCAAGCAAAAGUCGCGGAUUUCGGUUUCGCUAAACUUAUUCCGGACGGCGUUUCUCAUUUGACGACGAAAGUGAAAGGAACGCUCGGCUAUUUGGCUCCCGAGUAUGCGAUGUGGGGAAAAGUUUCGGAGAGCUGCGAUGUCUACAGCUUCGGCAUAUUACUCCUCGAGAUAAUUAGUGCCAAGAAGCCACUGGAGAAGCUUCCCGGCGGAGUGAAGCGUGACAUUGUGCAGUGGGUCACGCCGUACGUCCAAAAGGGUGCCUUCGAUUGCAUAGCCGACCCGAGACUGAAGGGGGAUUAUGAACCGGAUGAGCUCAAGCUGGCGGUCAUGAUCGCGAAGAGAUGCACAGAUCAUAGCCCCGAUAACCGGCCGAGCAUGAUAGAGGUCGUGCAAUGGCUCAAGGGAGGUCUAAGGAGGAAGAAAGAGGUCGGGCAUGUCGUUGGCAAGGAUAAAGAAGAGGAUGGUGAUGAGGAGGAGGCGGAAAAUGAUACGGACUACGAAGGGUAUGGGAUAGACGAAUAUGAUGACAAGAGAAAAGCGUGGAAGGGAGCAAAGGUGAGAUAAUCAUUGAGAGACAAUCAUCAUUUGUAAUUUGGGUGUAUUUGAUGAAGUGGUUUUCUCUUGUCUUCUCUUCA